AUGAAUUCUAAUUUUGGUUGGUGCAAUGCAGAUCCGCGCAUCUCAUUGGUGACCUUGGCAGCGGAGCUGAACAACCGCAGUCUGACGAUCCCGAGGCACUUUCAAUUUCCAUCCUCGCAUUUCAUCACCAGCCUUUUCCUGUCCUGUGUUGUUUACACCGCAUCUCCUCUGUCAGGCUCAAAGCAUCCUCAAUUCCCUCUCCCUCCCAACCGCACAGACCUAGGUCUGCUCUUCUCCUGCAUGUCCUUGUCCAGCCUUCCCUUUGAGCUCCGCUCCCUCAUCUGGAGCUUGGCCGUGGCGCCUCGCCGCAUCAUCAACAUGCGCGCCAAGAAGAGCAAUGGCAAAUUCACCAAGAAACAGCGCCAAAAAGGCAAGGAUAUCCUCUACGAGACAACAUCAACGUCGCCCCCGGCACUCAUGCAUGUGUGCCGCGAGUCUCGUCAGCAAGCGCCCUACCAGCGCGCAUUUACCGCGGGCACCGAGCCGCGCUGGACGUGGGUCAACUUUGAGCUCGACAUCUUCUGCGUCUCGAGCCUCUACGCCAUUGAGGACAUUGUCUCCCACCGAUCCGAGGUCCAGCAGCUUCAGAUUCGGACUGACGACCACCCUGACUGGUACGAGUCGGCCACCAGAUAUAAUGGGCUGUCUGGUCUCGACAAAUUGGACAGCCUCGGGGAAAUUCAGGUCGUGUUGGAGCCUGGCGAUUUGAUGUGGGGAGACGUGUUCGCCGACCAGAACUUUGGAUGCUGUCCUAAAGACAACAUCACCUUCCUCGACGAGGGGUCUGGGCUGGUCCUCACUGGCUCUCAGCUGAAGAUGGUGGGAGACUGGCGGAUAGUGUUCUCGUUUGACAGCGAGGGGAACCCGCCCGACCCGGAUAGGCUCUCGGAAGAGAUUAAUCAUGCCCUCGACGAUUUUUGGCACAUGACUCUGGCACAAAUGCAGGAGCUGAAUUGA